AAAGUAAAAGUGAUUCUCCGCCCACCAUGGUUUCGAAACAACGACAUGCUUUGCUAAACAAGGAUCUGAUCUCGCCUAAUUUUAUCGUGCCAUUUGUGUUUUAACUCAUUUAAAACAAUGUUUUUUUUAUAUUUUCAGACCAUGCAGUUGUUCACAAUUAGUUUUUUAAUAAUAUCUUUAAGAAUAACAAACUCCCACGCUGAUUGGUCUUGGGGUAACGAAAAAAGCGAGACGGAUGCUAAAUUCGAAGAACAAAAACCAACUGAACUUUUACAAGGUGAAGAGUUGCCUGAAGCCCAGAGGAAAAGUGGCGAAUCCAAUAGCACUGUACUAGAUGACAUAGUUGAUGAGCUCGUCAGCAGGAAGCAGGGCAGAAGUCUCGGAGGCUUUGACGAAGACGUAUACAGCGACCCAACGAUCAAACAAGCCCUUGAUGCUGGUGAUGAUGCUGAAGCUAGGAGCUUAAUUAAAGAACGAUUAUGCACUCUAGGGCUUAUUCAAUGUGAAGAGGAAGACGUUGAAGAAAAGCGCGCAUACGUGUCACCGAGCGAUUUAAUCUACGCACAGCCUGUUGACAUUAAGCCAAUCGGCAAACCUGUAGCGUCGAUUCCACUCCGCGGACCUCCAAGAGCUUAUGGACCCGCUAGACCAAUGCCAUACGCUCCUCGUCCUCAAAAGAUACCACCUAAACGAAUCAGUAAUGGUGGCAGUUUCCGUCCUGGAUUCUCUGACAAAUAUGGUUCUAGCAAUGUACAAUUCUCACAAAGCAAUGGAUUAUAUGGGGGCAACGAAGGCAAUUACGUUACUAGACCACCAAAUUAUGCCAGUGAAAGCCCCUACAUCUUUGAAAAUAAUAGACCAAGUUACAACAAAGUACCUCCGUCUCAACCACCCAGUAACAACAAGGAUAUUAUACAGCAACACGUGCACCAUCACUACGUGCACAGUGACGACAGUAAUAAAGAGCCUAAAGUGAUCAUCAAGCCUGUGGCUAUACCUGUGGGUUCUGUUGGACAGCUAGGAGCACAAAGUCUCUCGCAACAAUCUGCUGACAUAAUUACCGCGGGAGGUGGCGAUUACAGUGGAUUUACUACGGGCGGCUUCAAACCUAUGACAGGAGUUUAUAAUUUAGAUAACCCUGAUACAAUCUACGGCUCUCAAUAUGGCCAUAAUAACGUCAACAAACAAAUUCUCCCAAAACCAUACCCUAACAAUGGCUUUGAAGAUCAAAAGUACGGAAACUCUCUAGGUGCGUACGCGUCACAAAACAACGAGUUUUACAAAAAGGAAUUGCAUGUUGGAGGAUCUUCUAAUAACUUGUACAAUCAAGGCCCAGCUAAAUUCAGUCAAAACAACGCAUACCAAGAAAAUUAUCAUGAAGCCAAGGCUCAAGGAUUUGAAUGCGUUUGUGUAAACUACGACCAGUGUCCUAGUCAAGAAAUCAUAGGCCGCAGAGACGAUCUAUACCUGCCUAUUGAUCCUCGAAAUAAAGGUAGUGAUAUCGCAGCACUCUCAGAUGAGCAACUAGACAAUUUAAAUAAAACUGAGUCUGUUGAAUCCAGUAAAGACGUCAAUGUUAAUUCCACCGAAGAAAUCAAGAAAAUCAGCAAACGUGAAACGAAAAACGAACAAGAUGGUGAAGUCACUAAGGAAAUUGAACCACGCCUCAUUGGAUUGGCCAGCUACGGCGGCAAUGGCGGCAUGAAACAAGUGCAGCCCACGUUCGGUGUCUCUUUUGGGUUGCCCCAACCUUCCUAUAGUGGUUAUCCCAUCAAUCCUUUUCACGCAAAUCCCAUAUACAAUCCUUACGGCCCUGCACUUAAUGGAGGCGGUCUUAAUUUAGGUCUUAUUUCUGUCAAUCCCUUACUAGCUGUGCAAGUGACUAAAAAUGACUACGGAGAAAAAGUAGUAAAACCAUUCGUAAAUCUUCAUGUGACGCCUAAUGAACACGUAGUUAACAAACUUGGCCAUUUAUUCCAUGAGAAAAAACAAUACUUAUUUAAUAAGCACGAGCACUACCACCAUCACAAUCCUUACCAAUAUGGUCACCUUCACCACCACCUUCAUAAGCCUAUACACCCUCCAAUUCAUCCUAUACACCACCCUAUCCACCCUGUGCAUUAUCCGUCCCACUACGGUCCACCUGUAUACUCCCCACAUCACACACAUUACGAGCCAGCUUACGCAAAGUUACAUCCGUACAAUGCUCACGAAUCAACUACGUACAAUAAUGACGAUUACUAUGAUGAUGGCAAUCACUUUGAUGACAAUAGCGAUUACAACAAUCCCUUCCAAGGCUAUUACAACACUGGUUUCGAAAGGUCAGCUAAUGCAAGCAACAAAGCCAAUGAAAGACAGGGCUAUGCUAACCGGUUCGCUUAUUCCCGUUCCCUCACCAUUCCUUCUAAAAACCCUGGGACAAACCGGGGUGGCCAAACCAUCCGAUUUCCCGAGAACAGAAAGAAGAGAGAAGUUGUAGAAAAGCCUGUGACAGAAAAUAUAGAGGAGCGUCAAGGGUAUUUUGGAAGACCUCAGAUUCAGACAUGCAAACAGAACCAAGUAUGUUGUCGCCGUCCUCUGCGUCCGCAAGCUGCAAACAUAGGCCAGUGCGGCAUAAGACAUUCUCAGGGUAUCAAUGGCCGAAUCAAGACUCCUGCUUACGUGGACGGUGAUAGUGAAUUCGGAGAAUACCCCUGGCAAGCUGCUAUUCUGAAAAAAGAUCCCAAAGAAUCAGUUUACGCAUGCGGUGGAACUCUCAUUGAUGGUCUCCACAUCAUGACCGCAGCUCAUUGUAUCAAGUCGUACAAGGGAUUUGAACUAAGAGUACGACUCGGUGAAUGGGAUGUUAAUCACGACGUUGAAUUCUAUCCCUAUAUUGAAAGAGAUGUCGUAUCAGUACAUGUACACCCUCUCUACUAUGCUGGUACUUUGGACAAUGAUAUCGCUAUCUUAAAGCUUGAUCAUCCUGUGGACUGGACCAAAUAUCCUCAUAUCAGCCCAGCUUGUCUACCUGACAAAUACACUGAUUACGCAGGACAAAGAUGCUGGACUACUGGCUGGGGUAAAGAUGCUUUCGGUGACUACGGAAAGUACCAAAAUAUCUUGAAAGAAGUCGACGUUCCCGUUUUGGCACAUGGGCAAUGCCAACAGCAACUAAGACAGACAAGAUUGGGAUACAAUUAUGAGUUAAACCCUGGUUUCUUGUGCGCCGGUGGUGAAGAAGGCAAAGACGCUUGCAAGGGUGAUGGUGGUGGCCCUCUGGUAUGCGAGCGCGGAGGUACCUGGCAACUUGUCGGCGUAGUUUCGUGGGGUAUAGGCUGCGGUCAAGCUGGCGUGCCAGGCGUUUAUGUGAAAGUGGCUCAUUAUCUAGACUGGAUCUCCCAGACCACUGGAAAGUUCUCCCCAUACUAAUCGUUAUUUAGUAUUCUCUGCAUCGAGACCAACUUAAUUUGUUGUCAAGUCACAAGUUACGACUGAAC